CAUCAUACAUGUUAUAUAAUUAUGGACUAAGCAAAACAAGGAUCAAUAGUUAGGAAUGGAAAAGGGAGCUGAUGAAAACGAUAAGCAGCCUUGGCAUCAGCUGGCAGCCUGACAUCAGCUGAUUAGUAAUGUGCCGAAGAAGCGUGAGGCAGCCUCCGUCCCGGGGAUAAAUUUGCGCCUCGUUCUCAACACAACCUUCAUCUCCACUAAUUCCUUGAACAUGAAGUCUGCCCAGGAGGCGCACAUCACGGAGCCAGUGUUGAGUAUCUUUAUUCAGAAUUGCAAGGGCAAGUGGGUCGCCUGAGCUGCAUUCCUAGUAGUAUGUGUUUCUGCCAGAAGAGGCAUCACCCCAAGGCGUCCCCUCAGACAGGACAUGACUCAUCUGCAGGCCUCAGAAGAGUCUGAUGAUGUCAAGGAAGAGAAAAACAGUCAGUCUUGGCUAUCAGUUUGGGAGAACAUUGUCUGCUGGUGCAGGAAGUACCUCCUCAUUUCUUCCAAUGCCAAAAUUGCUUACUACCUCACCACCCUCCUGGCACUGUCCAACAUCCAGCACUAUGUGGAUUUGCCUCACUUGGAGGGCCUUACAGGGAAGCACAGUGUCCUCAACCAGGUGUUUGUUAAAAAGGGUUGGGGUUUCACCCUUGCUGUGUUCCUUCCCUACCGCUUUGCCUCCCUCUUCCUUCAUCCGAAGUUGAGGGUUAGUUUGACACAGCUCGUUGUCCGUUCAGCACUGACAACCUUCUUUUUCUUCAUCUGGUGUCAGGUUCUAUUCCCUGCCAUUGAUAACUUCUCAGCUACCUGUAUUGCUGGGAAUGAAACAUUGACCCUGACCAAGGCUGAGUGCUUGAGUAAUGAAGGAUGGCAGUACUUCUCCUUUGACAUAUCAGGACAUUCAUACCUCCUCAUAUACUGUGUCUUGAUUAUGAUGGAAGAGAGUAAAGAAAUAAUUUACUUUGUCUGGCUUAAAGGACAGCUGUUUGGUGAAGCUGUUAAAAAUAGAAAGGAGGACAGCAACUGGCCUGAUCUAGAUGAGAAGCAACUUAAGUCCUUAAGGACAAGAUUCCCCAAAGUGUCUCCAGUUGUGGCUGUCACCUUCUUUAACAUGUGUGCUUUGGCAUUGCUCUGGGACUUCAUGCUCCUGGUGACCACACUUUACUACCAUACGUUUGCAGAGAAGGUGAUUGGCACUGUACUUGCCCUUCUUAUGUGGGCCUUCCUGUACAGGGGAGCCUUUCCUUGGUUGUUUUCACUGAAGAUAUUUGGAUCCUAGUAUGGCAGUUUUCAUUAUUUAUUUUGUGUGUAUAAUGUUUUAUGUCACACACAUAAAAUUAUUUAAUUUUUAAAGUAUUUAUGUACUUAUUGUAAUAGUACCACUACAGAAGCAAGAUGUGAAUCAUGAAGAUGAAAUGACAUACCUGUGCAUAAUUAAAUAGUUUUCCAAAAAAUUUUAUUUUUAUAGUAAAUAUUUUUUACAGUAGCCAGGUUUCAAAUAGCAUUUUAUCUGAAGUACAAACAUUGUUAUGAACAAAUUGUAUAACAUGGUUAAGGCCACACAUUCCAAGGCCAGGUUAUAGAAUACAGCCAUUAUGUUCACAAAAAGAGAUGAAAGGGACAUUGAGGAUUGUAUUUUUAUUCUUACAGUGAGACAAAGCAUUGCAUUUUGUCUACACUAUUAAAGGGGAUGCCAACCUGGCAUAUAGAAAGCUUACAUUUUAGCAUACGUGUUUCAAACGUUAUUUGAUAUUUUAAUAUGGGCAGUAUGGCUUUAACAAGUAAAAAUUGUUUUCCUUU